CUCACACAGUCACACACACUACCUAGACUCAACUACUGAGCAGUGAAAUAAAUGGAUCUGCUCUUCUCUGCAAGCUUUUAAUUGUUGUGAACUCAGUUCUGUCUCUCUGUCUCUCUUUUCCCUUUGUAUUUAAUCUUAUCUUCCCUGAUCUAUAUACCACUGCAUCUGUCCUCUGUUGAUCUUAUGUCAUAUCAGAACAUUUUCGGAUCCGUAGCCGUAUCGAACUCCGAUCGGGUGCUUUGCUUCUCACCGGAGAGAAGAUCAGUUUUGAGUGGAUUUUCUCUCUCUAAAACAGCAUCAUUUGAAGGAUCAGGGUUGUUUCUCUUUGGCAUUUCGAAGAAACACAAAUUACGACGAUUUUGAAUGAGUUGUUUUUCGAUUCGGUGAGGAAAUCGUUUAAAUUUGAGUGAUUUUUGAGCUCUCAACCAAAUGAAUCCAUUGUGCUGCAUUGCUCCGGUUUCGAUCGAGAAAGAUCAGAGCAAUAAUCCAGUGGUGCUGAGAUCACAGUCUCAGUGUCAGUGUCAGUUGGGGCUUGAAAAUUCUGUGACGAAAAAUGUGAGCUCUAACUCGAGACUGAGUUAUUCGGCUCAGGUUUCAUCUGUUACUGCUGAUUCGGAUGGGUUAAAGUUAACUUUGAAUCAUGAGAUCGAAGAUAAUGCUGUUGAAGGAAGAGAUUCUAAGGUUUACUGUGGAGAUGGAGGUGUUAGUGGGAGUGUAGCUGGUAUAUUGUAUAAAUGGGUGAAUUAUGGAAAGGGUUGGAGGUCGAGGUGGUUUGUGCUUGAAGAUGGAGUGCUUUCGUAUUACAAGGUUCACGGACCGGACAAGAUCGUGAUGAGUCCGGCGAGAGAGAAGGGUGUUAAGGUGAUCGGAGAGGAAUCUUUGAGAUAUUUGAUGAAAGCUAAUCGGAGUAAUAAUCGGAUUGGUGGGUCUACUAAGCGGUGGAAACCAUUUGGGGAGAUACAUUUGAAGGUUUCUUCAAUUCGGGGAAGCAAGUCAGAUGACAAAAGGCUAACCAUAUACACAGGAACAAAAACUCUUCAUUUGCGGUGUGUAUCUAGAGAGGACAGAGCUGCAUGGAUUGAUGCACUUCUAGCCGCAAAAGAUCGAUUCCCUAGAUUGUUGACAAGCAGUGAUUUUGGCCCGUCUGAAGAUAUUGUUGUCUCAACAGAGGAGCUACGAUUACGAUUAUCGCAAGAAGGUAUUGGUGGGGCUAUCAUAAAAGAUUGUGAGUCUAUUAUGCUACACGAAUUCUCUGAGCUGCAAAAUAAGUUGAAGGCUCUUCAACUUAAACACAUUCUGCUGCUGGACACACUGAGACAAUUAGAGACAGAGAAAAUUGAGCUGGAAACCACUGUAGUUGAUGAGACGAAGGAACGGGAUUCUUGUUGUGGACAAGCAGAUAGAAGAUUCAGUGAUUUCUAUUCCAUCAUGUCAGAGGGUAGUGCAAGUGAUUCUGAUGCAGAUAAUGAAAGUCGAUAUGGUGUAGAUGUUGAGACAGAUGAAGACAAUGGAAUGUAUUUUGACACGAAUGAUUUCUUGUCUUCUGACUCUCUGAGAAGUGCUUAUUGCAACAGAGAGAAUACGGGACAUACUUGUAGUUCUUUGGCAUAUGAUAAAGAUCCUUUCUUUUCUGGUCGUUUGCAAGAGGUCGGAAUGGAGAUAAAGGCUAUUAAAUAUCCAUAUAUCAAAAGAAGGGACAGUUUGCCAGAACCAAAAGAGAAAGAGAAGCCAGUUGGCUUAUGGUCAAUAAUCAAGGACAAUAUUGGAAAGGACCUAUCUGGUGUUUGUCUCCCUGUUUACUUUAAUGAGCCACUGUCUUCGUUGCAGAAAUGCUUUGAAGAUUUGGAGUACUCAUACUUGGUCGAUCGGGCAUUGGAAUGGGGAAAGCAGGGGAAUGAUUUGAUGAGAAUUCUAAACAUUGCAGCUUUCGCUGUGUCUGGUUAUGCAUCAACAGAAGGUCGGCAGUGCAAGCCCUUUAAUCCUCUUCUUGGAGAGACGUAUGAGGCUGACUAUCCGGAUAAGGGUCUACGUUUCUUCUCUGAAAAGGUGAGUCACCACCCAAUGAUUGUCGCUUGCCACUGUGAGGGUAGAGGCUGGAAAUUCUGGGCUGAUUCUAAUCUCAAAGGCAAGUUUUGGGGGCGCUCUAUUCAGCUUGAUCCUGUAGGUGUUCUUACCCUGCAGUUAGAAGAUGGUGAGACAUUUGAAUGGGGCAAGGUGACUACUUCCAUAUACAAUAUCAUACUUGGUAAAAUCUAUUGUGACCACUAUGGCACCAUGCGCAUUAGGGGCAGCGGCAAUUACUCUUGCAAGCUCAAGUUUAAAGAACAGUCUAUUAUAGACCGAAAUCCACACCAGGUUCAUGGGUUUGUACAAGACAAUAGAACUGGGCAAAAGGUAGCGAUGUUGUGGGGGAAAUGGGAUGAGGCCAUGUACUAUGUGUUGGGAGAUCCAACAACAAAGCCAAAGGGUUAUGAUCCAAUGACAGAAGCUGUAUUGCUGUGGGAAAGGGAUAAAUCUGUUCCCAAGACAAGAUAUAACCUCACAGCCUUCGCAAUAUCCUUGAAUGAAUUGACGCCUGGUUUAAUGGAGAAGCUGCCACCCACUGACUCAAGGCUGAGGCCAGAUCAGCGGCAUUUAGAGAAUGGGGAGUAUGAGCUGGCUAAUGCAGAGAAGCUCAGACUUGAACAGUUGCAGAGACAGGCAAGGAAGUUACAAGAAAGAGGCUGGCAACCACGAUGGUUCCGGAAGGACGAUGAUGGCUGUUACCGCUACGCGAGUGGGUACUGGGAAGCAAGAGAGAAAGUAAAGUGGGAAGGAAUUCCUGAUAUAUUUGGGCAGACAACUGAAUUGCCGCCUCCAGUAGAAGAGUAAGCUGUGACCCAACCUCCCCUACCUCUCUCCCUCCCUCCCUCAUAUUUGGUUUUAUUAAGGACUUGGUUAGGAACCACAAGCAUGAAUUUUGAUGUAGCUUUACCUUUUUAAAGUUACAUAGAAGCUCCUUGAAGGUGUCAUGCCUAGUGGUCUGUGGGUGCUAGUUUAAUUUACUAGCGUCAAGUAUGUUUGUCUGCUAGCAAAACUUCUGGGUGAUGGAUAAGAACUAAAGAAGGGUAGACCCCAUAAAUAGUCUUAUUUUUGGGAACAACCAUUGAAUUUUCUGCAAUGGGGGUGGGGGUGAGGGGUGCCAUCUAAUAAAACAUUAGAGAGGAACUUCUAUACAAUUGGCUCGACUUUGUAUUAGAGAAGAGUAGAUGAGUGGUCGUG